GCAAGUGUCGACUUUGUGGUACUGUAUCUAGUGGUGGAAGCCUAGACACAUUACUGCAAUCUAUAUUGAGUCUGACGCAUCUUUCGCAGGACCCUGCCGGAGUGACUGCACGGCAUUUCCUGCGAUGCAAUCUGCACCAGAAAUCAGUCAACCUCCAUGUCACUACUGGUACGUUGCGGACUUCGAUCUCGCAAGCCCGACCGUCUACACAAGGACUUACCUGCAGGAUCGACACGCAUUAGCAGGUCUCAUCACAAUGUCCCAGCUUCUUGCCCUCCCUACAACGUCGCUAUCCUACUGCUGCCUCGUUUCCGCAUUGAUGCGCUGAAUGCCUCAACCAUGUUUCAGUGGUGGAAAACGAUUUCCCUCGCUCUACACAGUAGCGGCGGAAAACCCAUUGACAACCUCGGCCUGGUGAGCCUGUCGGUUGCGGGUGGUGCGGGCACGAUCACGAGAACGACUUUCGGUGGAUGCGACAACAACAUAGCCUAAAGUGGGCAAAGUCCUUGUGUUCUCAGUGUCCAUCCAUCCCCAUUGCCGCCUGAUGACCAGGGGUUGGACCACCUGGAGAGAGCCCACACAUUUUCCACCAAUUGACCACAUGGACCUCCGCCUCACGGUCAGCAUCGGACAUCUCGGACAAUCGACCUUUACCAGGUCAAUUAAGCACGCUCUACAUCUCAUAAUGAUAGCCCUCAGAAUUAUUGUAUCAACAGGACGAAAUCAUCACAGCUGACAGUGCUCGCGAAAUACCAGAAAAAUGACAAUCAAGAAGGAAAUUGUCUGGCGACCGGGGCCUGUCAAGGUACUCUUCGCCGUGGGUAACGAUGACAUUGUGCGGAUUGCCGCUAUUGAGAGUUCGUCGCCGAUGACAAAAUUUCCUUCAAGCCAGGAUCCCGAACAUGCUGUCCCAGUCUUCGGCCUUCGCUUGACUGCUGAGGGGAAUGCCAAUUUCAAAAGCCACAGAUCGAUGAUUGGUAGCUAUGCCUCGGAGCGACUGAAGUAUCAAGGCCACAAAGAGGGAGAAACCUCUUCCACAAGAACUUUCGAGAUCAGUUCUCACGACGAUACGACUGGUAUUACUGCGAUAGCCAAUUUCUCGAUUUACCCAGGAAUACCUGUUAUCAGGUCUACGAUAACUAUCAAGAACACCUCAGAGGAGGACAUUGUAGUGACUCAAAUCCCGUCACUUCUUGCUGGCAAUCUCGCGGGCCCUUCCAAAACCUGGAGCAAUUACACACUCUCAACUGCCACCAAUUCAUGGUUCCGAGAAGCCCAGUGGCGGGAACAGAACUUGUCUAGCCUUGGCCUUGACGACUAUGGCAUCGUCGAGCUCAACGAGGGUCAUGCGGCCACGCUUGACAGUGUGUCAUUGUCCAGCCGUGGUAGCUUCUCCACUGGUACUUUCUUGCCGAUGGGCAUGCUGAAGAAGAACGACGACAGCGAGACCUGGUUAUGGCAGAUCGAGCACAAUGGUUCUUGGAAGUGGGAAGUUGGGGACUUUAACGACCGCCUUUACCUUGGCAUGAGUGGACCGACCAGCAAUGAUCAUGAAUGGAGAAACAAACUGAAUCCAGGCCACUCAUUCACCACAGUGCCUAUAGCCCUCUGUCUUGUUGCUGGAAACCAAGACCAAGCAUUUUCGGCAUUGACUGCAUACCGACGAGCCAUGCGAAGGAAGCACAAAGACAACGAGAAGUUAUCGCUCAUCUUCAAUGACUACAUGAACUGUCUCAUGGGUGAUCCGGACGAGGACAAAGUGACAGCCCUGAUCGAACCAGUACGCAAGUCUGGCGCAGAAUAUUUCGUCAUUGAUGCGGGCUGGUACUCGGACGACAAUUCGUGGUGGGACGAUGUUGGCUUGUGGGAGCCUUCCACCGUUCGAUUCCCCUCAGGCUUCAAGAGGCUGUUAGAGAAAAUCGCAGCUGCUGGAAUGAUUCCUGGAGUAUGGCUCGAACCUGAAGUGAUCGGUGUUCGAAGUGUCGUUGGCAAGCAGCUACCAGAAGACGCUUUCUUCCAAGAUAAUGGUUCCCGAAUCGUUGAGAAAGGCCGUUACCAGCUGGACUUCCGCCAUCCAGCAGUUCGUGAGAGACUGGACAAGGUUGUGGACAAUCUCGUGCUGAACUACGGUGUCGGUUACUUCAAGUUCGACUAUAAUAUCGAGGUCAUUCGAGGCACGGACGUCAAUACCUACAGUACAGGUGACGCUCACCUAGCGCACCAUCGAGCAUAUCUAGCCUGGGUCAACGGACUCUACGACCGACAUUCAGACCUAGUCAUUGAGAGCUGCUCGUCCGGAGCGCAACGACUGGAAUACGCCAUGCUUGGUACGCAUUCUUUGCAAUCUACAAGUGACCAACAGGAUCCUGUCCGAUAUGCAUCGAUUGCAGCAGCCGCACCUACAGCCGUAACCCCGGAGCAGAGUGCAGUCUGGGCAUAUCCUCAACCAGGAUGGAGCGACGAGAAGAAUGCUCUGACCGUGGUCAACAGUCUCCUUGGCCGUAUCCAUUUGAGCGGCAGGCUGGAUCAGCUGUCAGCUGCUCAGCUGGACCUCAUCUACCGCGGAAUGGAGGUUUACAAGGGUCUUCGAGGUCACCUCAACACGGCCCUCCCAUUCUGGCCAAUUGGUCUACCCUCCUGGAGAGACGACUGGCACUCCAUGGGCCUGGCUACAACUGCAGGCGACAUUCUACUCGCUGUAUGGCGCAUCAAGGGUUCCCAAACUUGCUCCUUGGCGAUCCCUCAACUGAAAGGUGCAUCCAAUGUCUGUGCAGCUCUGCUAUAUCCCCCCAAUUUCGAGAGUCAGGCCACCUGGAACGAGAGGACAAAUGCACUGGACGUUCAACUUCCGGGCGCUACAUGUGCGAGACUUUAUCGCCUCUGUGCAGCUGGUGGUACCAAAUAGUUCUCGAAGGAUAUAAGGAGUAAUCGACGAGCACUGCCAUUGCACUCUGUAUGGUGUCAUGCAUAUGGCGGCAUGGAAGGGACACGAUUUGCUCUUCAUCUGAUAGAUUACGUGGGUGUGAGGAACCAAGAUUUUCGCCAUAGAUCAGCCAGGGUUUCGUCCUAUUGCGAGAAUGUCGUUUGAGAAAAGUCACGGCUC